ACACCGGGGCUAUUAAUUAAUUAAUGGCCUUCAGUCCAGUGCCUGGCGUUCUCAGAGUAGCAUUAGGAGACGCAAAAAAGCAUUAAUGUAGAGGGAGGUGGCCGUUUUUUCCCAAAGGCUAUCAAUCACCUGCACUAUUGUGGUCCUGCGCAGUUUUGUUUUGUCCAGGCUGAAGGAAGGGGAGGGAUGAGACGUGGGAGAAGAAGAGGGAAAAUGGCGAUGGAGGGGCCUGGGAAUCAGCCGCCAUCCCUGGUCCCUUUACUGAUGAGCGUAACGGCGGUGUUGAUCUCACAUCAUUUCUUUAACGCGGCGGCACAGAUACCAGACCCGGAGCUCCUGCCAACAGACCCACCAAAAAAGCCAGAUCCUGUCACCUCAGAAACAGUGGUGUUUUGGGGACUUCGAUUAUGGCAGGUUGUGGGCAUUUUCUCCAUGUUCAUCUUAGCAAUAAUAAUAACGCUCUGCUGCAUCUUCAAAUGUCGAAUCCCACGGACGAAAAAAGAGAUCGAGGCUCGCCACGUGCAGAGACUCGCUGCGAAAAACUAUGCCAACACACUGGAGACGGUGCCUCCCCUCAAUGAACUGACAGAGGUGCCCGGCGCGGCAAAGGUUGAGGUGAAGGAGGAGGUGCCAACCGUUGCAGGAAAAGUGGACGGAGAAAAGGAGAAAAAGAAGAAGGAAAAAGAGAGCAAAAAGGAAGGAAAAGGUGCAAAAGAAGAGGAGAAAGAGGAACCGGCAAAGAAGAAAGGAGAGAAGGGAGAGAAAGGAGCACCAAAGAAAGAAGCGUCAGACGGAGGGAAAGGUAAAAAAGGAGGAGGAGAGAAAGCAGAGGAGAAAGGAGGUGCCAAGAAGCCUGCGAAGAAAUAAACACUUACACACACCUCAGUGGUGUCUCCGCGCAACUUUCAUCCGCCAUUUUUUAUUUUUUGUAAGAAAAUUUAUAAAUGUACAUUUACAGAAUAUUUUAUUUGUAAAUAGCAAA